AUGAUCAAAUCUGUUUUGAUACCUUAUGAUAAAUAUAUCAGACUCGAAAAUUCCACGCGUAAAACUGAGGAGGGUAAUAACAAAACCAUAGAUCAGUCGCCAACUAAUACUGAUAAAAUGGAUGGUGGAAUAGGUACACGUAAACCUAGUCAAACGAAGCAAGUUGAUUCCGGGAGUAAUGAUGCAUCUACGUUUUCCUCGGAAAAUAAAUUGGAUGCCCCAUCCGAUAGCGACUUUAAGGAAGGGACCUCGAGUAAACAAAAUGAUGACACGGGACUAUCAACCAGUGAUGAUGAUGAUGCAAUAGGGAUGCCUAGCUAUACCGAUAAUACACCUAGGUUCAUUUACAAAAGAAGCGCCACAUCGUACAAAGUACCGGGUAUUCCGGCCAAAGCUCUUAAGAGACCACGUAAAAACAAAGCAAAAUGGCUGCCAUUUUAAACACUCUAUUAGGACAUAUUUGAAUACAAUGAUGUGAAUAUCACCCCUGUAGGCAU